AUGACGUCCAAAAUGGUUCUUGUUCAGUUAAUUUUUCUAGUAAUAUUCACUCCGCAAUUUUACAAUAAUGUGGAAUGCAUAUCGUUCUUCCAUUUUACCCAGGAUCCACCACCAGUCAAGGACAUAGCAUUAAUGUCCAGAUAUAUCGUUCAUCAUUCAGAAUGGGCAACACUAUCUUAUAUCGGAAACCAGUCAUUUAUGGAUGGUAUGCCAAUGGGUAGGGUGUAUUCUGUUAGUGAUGGAACAAUCAAUAAUAGUUACGGUAUUCCCUACAUUAUGGCUUCACCAAUGGACUUAUCAUUUCAAGAUGUUGUGAAAACAAAAAACUGUUCUCUUGUAUUGAGUUUGGCACAGUCUGAUUAUUGCAAUAAAAAAUCUUAUGACCCUGAAGAUCCACGAUGUGCACAGCUUACAUUGACUGGAAAGUUUGUUAAGUUGGAUAAAACUGAUCCUGAAUGGAAUGUAGCAAAAACAGCUUUAUGGACCAGACAUCCUGUCAUGCGUAAAUGGAACAUUCUUGUGCCAGGUCACAAAUGGCAAUUUGCAAAAAUAAAUAUUGAACAUAUUACACUCAUUGAUACAUUUGGGGGUCGUAAAUAUCCAACUAUUGCAGAAUAUUUCAAAGCAACUCCGACUUUCAAAUAUUGGCCCAAAUUAAGACACUCAGUUAUUACAGUUAAAGAAAAUGUCAUUAUUGAUGAAGAAUUUUAA